AUGGUUUGGCCAUUUGGGAAACGGUCGACACAGUCAGCCGAAGAGGAGGCUACAAGUAAUGGGAAGGACAAGUCAGAGCAAAAAAUAUUCCUAGAGGAUGUUCCCCCGAAGUUUGACACAGAUAUCCAAAAACCCGCUUCACAGCACACAACUCAGUCCAGAGAGAUGAAAAGGAUUCUGUCGAAUCUGAGCUGGUCUGAUUUCCACCCAUCUAAUCUACUAGCGAUACCGUGUUUCCGAGAUGCCGGAUUGACAGGCUUCUCCUGUUUAUUUGUGUUUUCGUCCGUGAUGUUCCUCUACCAUAAAGAUAUACGUAAAGCUGCCAAUUGGGGAUUUGGAGGGCUUAUGUUGGGCGCAACAUUUGCAUGGGAGCAAUGCAACGCUCAGCGGCGAAAAGAGCAACUGGCUGUGAAAAUGGCCCAGGAACGGUAUAAGCAGCGCCAUCAGAGAAAAAGCGAAUCAUAA